CUAAUAUUUUAUUGAAGGUGUUCCCGUCAUUAUGUCAAAAAAUUAAUUAUUUAGUCUAGUCUUUUUGUGCAACAAAAUGUAUGAGUAUCUGAGUCCCAUUUCUUUUCUACGCGAGCCUCGGCUGCUCGCCACAAAUGACGCUGCGGUGCUGGCGUUUCAGAUGCGCGCGCGUUGUUUAUGUGAGGAUUUUCAUGGAUUGCUACUGAAGCUGUUCGUAGGUAGGAUUCCCAUACCUUAACCUUUCCAAGAAUCUUGACUGUCGCACACGAAAGAAGCGCUCGCCCUGCUACAAACGCUUGGGCUUUCCUGAAUGUGAACCAGAUUUUAACACAUGAGCACGACCACGACUCGUGGAACAGUGCGAAGAAAGAACUGCCCUGUAAAAACCUACUAUGGUAUUCUGCGUGACGUGUGGCGGAGGAAACUUCGAAGAAAUCGCAGGGCACUUUUACUGCGCUGAGUGCAAUACACAGAGCCAGGAGCUGCGCGUUGAGGAACUCGAAGAAAACUUUUCGGACCAGCCGUCAUUCGGGCACGGUACGCAUACGCCGAAGAAGCGUGGUCGUGGCGUUGACGACGUCAAGCGAGAAGAGGUGUUUUCUCACGAAAUAUUUAGUGACGUGUUGUUGGCGCAGCUCGACGUAUUAGAAAAACUCGGAGCAUCGCCGCUGCUCCGGGAAGUGGUGCGGACGUUGUGGCUUACAUUCCUACAUCGGUGUGAACUAGCCUUUUUGAGCCAGAACCCGGAUGAAGAUAUAGCCCCUCGUUUGGGCGCUACCAAUCACCAGCGAGACCUUCUGCUUUCGUUGAAACGGGAACCACGAGAGAACAUUCGCUGUGCCCUUCGGGCCCUUGGCAUCCGAACUCGGGUCUUCCAGCCUAAGGGCAGACGCUCGCGCACGGCAGACGUGGACUACGACGAAGACAAUCCCCCAGAUGAAGCUGACGAGGUUCCCGAGGAAGCAAAACCCAAGUUAUACUCCGACGGUGCAGCUGAAUUUUUGUCCUGGGCUAAAAAGCAUGGAGUGAAGACAAACAAGGCACAAAUGAACGUCCUUCUGCGCGACGCUUUCCUGGACCUGCGCAAGCUACUCGCUUUCUUGCACUUGGGGUGCCUCGUUGCUCAGGAGCCCAUCCUAUUGGGCGAUCUCCUUUUCUGGGCUGCGCAAGGCCACUUGCCUUAUCAGCAUCCUUGCACAGGGCACAUGUCAGCAGCCUUGCUGCACAGAGCAGCUCCACCAAAGGCACCACAGGUGUCUUACGAGGCUGGACGACUGGCGCGCUUCCUCGACUCCCCCAAGGAACUGGACGCACGGCCACUGCAGCCGUUAAUAGCCCGUUACGUUCUCGACCUGAAUCUUCCGUUGGAAAUUUUGGUAUUGAGCAGGUGGUUACUGGACAGCUGGCCUAUCCUUAAUUCGCAACCGUGGACGUCUCGUAAGCCGUUGCGAUCCGUCGCAUUUCCUGCGGAGGAAGUGCGUGCAACGGCGUUGCUCCUCGUUCUGCUCAAGCUGACGCUCGGCCUCGACGGGGCACGCGAGCAAGAACUGUCGCUCGAGGCUGACAGAAUCAACGAGGCUUCGAAGCUGCACCUGUUCUCGUGGCUGCGCUGGGAGAAGCAAGAGAGGCUACGGGCAACAGUGCUCACGGACUGCUGCUUCUUCCCCAAGCUGGGAGACGCUUUCUGCGCAGCUAAUUUACCGUCAAGUGCGUCCGACCGGGUCACAGAGGGCAAGGAUGCGGCGCUGAGGCAAGGGAUGCAAUCCUGCCUGGGUAGCCUGCGUCGUAAGGACCAUCGCGUCCCGCUUCCACCACCUUCGAGCUUCCCUUUCUCUGCGGACGUAAAGUUACACGAUAGGGUGUACCAACGGCAGGACUUCACGCAGGAUCAUGUGCUGUACUUUUUGGGUGUACCGCUUUGUGGUCACUUGUUUGAUGAAGUUCACGCUGACUACUGGGUCCUGCACAGCAACCAACAAUACUCUUUGCUGAUCAAGCCCUUUCUGCCAAGGUCGUUUGCUUGGAUUCUGAAACUUUUGUCAGCCAUUAUAGGUUGCAAGUGUGACCACUUGUACCAGGAGAUAGUGAGAGUGGAAAAAGCCAUCUUCUUCAAUAAGACGAUCCACAGCAGGUUUCACGAAGGCUGGAAACGAGACAGACUGUACGAUGACUUCCUUGAAAAGCUUCGUGCUUCCUUGAAGGAACGACAUUGCAGAACUAAAAGUGAAACCAGUGGUAGAGCAUCUGAUGCUCUACUUUGAGAACUUCAGAAAUAUUUGUGAUGGUGUCACGAUGCGGGUCAACUAUCACAUUAAAUGGUGCUUCCAUAUGUAAAUACUAUUGAGACAUACUGAGAGAGUGAAAACAACGCUGGAGGACAAUAUGUACGUAUGCAUACAAUGUACGAUAUGUAUGAUCAUUUAAAAUGAGUUACAUUUCGGUGAGAACAGAACAAAGGAUAAGAAGUGA